AGACGACGAGGAGCAGGCCCCGGCCAGCAGCGGGGCGAGCGUGAAGGCCAGGCUCAUCAAACGGGGCCGCAUCACCGCCACCGCCGGAGGAGUGCCUCAGAGGGCGUCCGUGUCGGUCAAGAGGCCCCUGGACCUCGUGCUGCCCUGCCAGGAGAUCCAGUACCUCGACAUUUCCUACCAGAAGGUCGGGACAGUCACGCACAUCCUCCCACAGGUGCAGUUCAGCCCCAUCCCGCGCAAGAAGAUCGCCUACCACCCGGUCCUGCACAACUCCAUCCACUACUGCGACGUCCCCUACUGCGGCACGGGCGAGAGGCCGGUCAAGCGGAAGCCCCUGCAGCGGUCUCACUCCAUCGCCGUCGCCGACCUGAGGGAGAGAGUGGACUGCGAGUGGACCUCUUCGUAUAAGCUCAGGUGAAGGGGCAGGUGACGAAGUGGAGGCCAAGAGAGGAAAAGGAGGAGGAAGAGGAGGAGAAGGAGGAGGAGGAGGAGGAAGAAGACACCGGGGUGCCAGGAGGAGGACGAGAGGCUCCCCCUCCUGCAUGCCCAUCCGUUCUGCCGUGAUGGAGGGAACUUCGGGUCAGCGGGUCGGGGCGAAGAGGAGGAGGAGGAGGAGGAGGAGGAAGAGGACGAUGAUGAUGAUGAGGAAGAGGAAGAGGAGAUGGAGGAGGAGCUCGAGAAUGGAGUUCCAGACCAGCUUCUACUCACGGGACAGUGGAGGCUGCGCGAUCUGGAACCGCAGUGGGACAAAAAACGACGUUGCUUGGACCAAACGUUUCCACGCGUGUGGGAGGGCAUGCGUUGUGGAUGAUUAUGCAAAAAAACGUUUAAUUCUUCUUAGUGGAUUAUGAUUGUGCGAGAAAGCUUUUGAAAACUGUUGCGUUGACCCUUUCCCGAGAGGAGCUGACCCAGAGGUUACCCGAACACUUGGUGAAAAAAAAAGUGAUUGACCUGCAUUCGGACAGUUGACAUUGGAUCAUGUGUUUGGUGCUUAAAAUAUAAAAGAAUAUUAGUGAGAAAUAUAAACACGCAGUUUUUUACGAUGGAAAGGAGAAGGAAAAAAAAAAAUAUGAAAAAAAAAAUACAAAACAAAAAAGUGUGCUUUUAUUGGGACGCAGUUAACCUGAAGUGUGAAAAAAAUAGAAAAUGAAAUUAUUUUUUUUUCUCUUAGCGGCCACACUUCAGGCACCAUUUGCAAAUGCAGCGUGAAUUUAUAUAGACAUUUGCACGCUUUUGUAUUAGCUUCACAAAUAUCCAAGAAGCAAGAGAGGUAGAGAGAAACCCAAGAAUAUUGGGGUAGUGUUUUAUAUGUAUAACAAAACGAGUGAUUUUACAGUGCUAUAAGUAGGUUCUAUAUUGAAUGAAUGUCUAUAUGUUUAUGCGUUGUGUGUAAACAAUAUUGUGUGCUGCAAAGUUGUAUAAUUUUUGAAUAAUCAUCUAUUCAAGUUUAUUCACGUUUUCCUCUUCUGUUGUUUUCUCUUUUGUUUUAUUGUUUUAUCACUCGUUUUCCACUUCUUGUUUUUUUCCUUCUUUUUUGUUAGUUUCCUCUCUUUUUUUUUUUUAGUUAUAUCCUUCCCUCAUUAUUUUCCCACUCUUCUGUUAUAUUAUUUUUUUCUUAUGCAUGACGGUGGCAUACAGUAACUAUAGUUUGAUGGUUGUUUGUGCAGUCUGUAGCGAGAUUUGAGUGCUUAUAAGAGAAUGCUAAAACAUAAUAAGUGUAUUUGUUGUUUAUGCACUUUUAUCAACAUUGCAUUAUCCGUAAUAUUAUUAUUUUUUGUGGAAGUAACUGACAAGUCCUUUUUCCGUUUAUUAUAUACUAUUUAUAUACCAUUUGUAAGAAUAAAGCUAUGCGUGGUUCUUAUUGAAAGAAGAAAAAACACAAAAAAAACGUGUAGACUUGAACUAAUCACACAAAAGAUUUUUUUAUAAGAAGUGUAGACCAUUUUUAUAUUAUUUUUUUGGUUUUGAAUAGACUGGAGACAUUGGAACUGACAAAAAACGUCGAACGUACUAAGGAUAUGUAUAUACAAAAUAAAUGACCGACUCCAGCACUGACCGAAAGAGAGAAGAAGAUUAAGAAGAAGGAGCAGGAGCAGGAAGAGAAAGGAAGAGAGAAUAGAAGACAAUAAAAAAAAAUGCUUUAGUAAUGACUAGGGGACGGAGGACAGGAAGGUUCUUGCAGGAGGCAUUCUUAAAGAGCAUACGAGAAGUAGCAGAAAGGAAGAGAUAGAGAGAGAAAGAGAGAGAGAGAAGGAGAGGCAUAGCUUGGAGAAUGUCUGGUAUGUGUCGUAAAGAAAGGGAUGUUGACGACCUUCUUCUGUUUCUUCGCCCCACUUCGAUGUAGCACUUUCUUGACUCCAGGCCAUCGGCGUGGGGGAAUGGGGGAAUGUAAAGAAGGGUUUUCGUAAGAGGGGAAACAAGGGGAAAGGAAGGGAGUGCGAUUGGCAAGAAGCUGCAUGUUUGGGCUUCAGAUUCGCGAGAUUGAGAAACAAGGAUGAUAAAGAGAGAGAGAAAAAAACACUUAGAUAUUCGAGGUUGAUUGAGAGAUGGCGAAGACGUCGAUGGCCUGAAGUCACUUAAGUGUUGGUUAUAUUUUAUUUUAUUCUGACAAGAAAUGGACGCGAUGUGGAGUGGAGCCUAUAUUUUUUCCUGCUUUAUAUGCUCUCGGCACGGUGGAACCUGGGAAAUCCUGGUUCAGAACGCAAAUAGAGAGCGAUUUAUUCACAAUGAACACGCAGCAAAGUCUCUUGAACAUGACCAUAGAGAUCUUCAAAAAAAAAAAAAGGGGAGCGUGGGAAAGAAAUGCCAGUCUAUGACACUUAUUGCCACCUCCCCCACCCCCCUCUGCAACAACCUGCAACCGACUGGAAAGCGAGAACAGGAUUUCCAAGGCUUCACCCCGUAUUUUCAUCACAGUACAUAAAUGUUCCACACCAAAGUUCACACAUUUUUAUAUAAUAUAGUUUAUGUAUAUUUUCUUUGAACCAGUGAUUUGUUUUCUCUCUCUUCUCCCAUUUUUUUAUAGACAUGUACACCUCAGGAAUUUAUAAGUAAGUGAACAGCAUUGCCCUUCUGUGUACCACUAUUUUAAACCUUGCUUCAUUUCAAAUUGGUUGCCACCCAAGCAGGUUGGCAGCCCGGCAGGAGGGGCUGGGGGGCUGAUCACCCCUCCCCCCCCUCCGCCACAAGUCAGUGAUCUAGUUUUCUAAUUAAAUGUAUAUGAAACCAG